AUUUGUUUGAAACAAAAACAAAUCAUAAGAUUUGAAAAUAUCUGUAAAUUGAGUUCAAUUUGAAUUAUUGCCACAAUUGUUGGCACAAACUGUUGACAAUUGGUCUCAUAGUGAAGAGUGAAGACACGGCCGAAUCGGAGGAAUGGGAGAUAUGGAUCGGAACCGUCGGAUGGUUGCCAUCGCUAAACAGAAUCUGAUCGAAUCUGGAGAACGGGAACAACUGAUACAACUGUUGCGGACACGGCUUCUGGAGUGCGGAUGGAGGGAUCAGGUGGUGAUGCAGUGCAAGGAUGUGGUUCGAGAUGUCGGCGUAGAGAACAUCACAUUAGAUAAACUCAUAGCAGAAGUGACACCAAAAGCCCGACAAUCGGUUCCCGAUUCAGUGAAACGGGAAUUGCUUCAGAAGAUCAAGACUUCCGUCUCAAACCAGAGCUCAUUCUCGACAUCGCCUUUCAAUCACAACUAAUUUAACGCAUGAAUUACACCACAAAAUGGACUCAAUUUUGAUUAGUUUUUGUAAAUAU